GAUUCUACUGGCCCGCGAAGGGAAAGCACUGUUUUGCUACGAUGAAACUUGAGUGACCGCCUGCGAGACGCCCUCUGGUCUCCUUUCUAUUCCUGUGGCCUACUUAUUAGGGUCCCGACAUACAGUCGUUGCCCUCCUGGAUCAUGUCUUCUCUCGCCGCCAACCGCGUUCCCUUGAACUCGACGGAGCAUGACCUCGACCCACCACGGGCGUCUUUCCUUGAUACCCGGGACUCGACAGGUCAAAACUCUCUAACUUCCUCCCCCAACAAUUCUGCACCACUUUUGCAGAAUACGAAGUACGAAAACGAUACCUACUCAGACUCUGAGCACAAUACCCCUUCAAAACGUCGAGGCAUCGCCUUUUGGUUGCUUUGUGCCGCGGCGCUUGUUAUUGUCGUGCUUGCUGUUAUCCUUCCUGUAUAUUUCACCGUUAUCAAGCCGAAACAGAACAAUAAGGACAACAGCCAGAGCUCUACGUCGGGAGACAAUUCGCCUGCACCGGAGACUCCGCAAGGCAAUGGUACCAGCAACCCUCAAUCGCCGACGGGUGCCAUUACAGGGGGAGACGGGUCGUUAGUGACUCUCGCAGAUGGUUCUUCGUUCAUAUAUAAUAACUCGUUCGGGGGGUAUUGGGUGGCUGAUCCAAACGAUCCCUUUAGUGGAGCCGCCCGUCCCAACAGCUGGACCCCACCGCUUAACGAGAGUUGGAAAUUUGGACAAGAUCGUGUCUUCGGUGUGAACCUUGGUGGAUGGCUUGUUCUAGAACCUUUCAUUUCUCCAGCUCUUUACGAGAAGUACCAGGGUGCCGUCGAUGAAUGGACACUGAGUACCCUCAUGGCAGCUGAUACUGCCGGCGGCGGAUUACAGCAGCUCGAAGACCACUACAACACGUUCAUUACUGAGAAAGACUUCGCUGAAAUCGCUAGUGCCGGAUUGAACUGGGUCAGGCUGCCUAUCCCCUUCUGGGCGAUUGACAAGUGGGAAGGAGAACCAUUCCUCGAAAAGACAGCUUGGAAGUAUGCUCUGAAGGCCUUCGAAUGGGCGCGUAAGUAUGGUCUUAGAGUAAACCUUGAUCUUCACACUAUUCCUGGCUCCCAGAAUGGAUACAACCACUCUGGUAAAUCGGGCCAAAUUAACUUCCUUUAUGGAGUGAUGGGAUACGCUAACGCGCAGAGAACUCUGAACUAUAUCCGGAUCAUUACCGAGUUCAUCAGCCAGCCUCAGUACAAAGAUGUCGUCGUCAUGUUCGGAAUCAUCAAUGAAGCGAUUGUAUCGUCAAUCGGCAAAGACCAGAUAACUAGCUUCUAUCUCGAGGCGCAUGACAUGAUUCGUGGCAUUACUGGCAUGGGAGAAGGGCAUGGUCCCUUCAUCUCGAUCCACGACGGAUUUGCGGGAGCUGCCAACUGGGCAGAUUUUCUCCCAGGAUCGGAUCGAAUCGCUUUGGAUAUCCACCCAUAUCUAGCGUUUUCAGGUGGUACUGCUUCGGCGCCUUUCGUUACUGGUACUGGUAACCAAGCUGGCGGUACGUGGCCCUCGGAUGUCUGCCAGUGGGGGCAGUGGAUGAACACAAGUCAAACGGCAUUUGGUGUAACCAUGGCUGGCGAGUUCAGUAAUGGCUGGAACGACUGUGGAUAUUUCCUCAAUGGUGUUAAUGGCGUUCCCACCUUCGGAGGUAACUGCAAUGACUGGCAGGACUCUUCAAAGUGGGACGACCAAACUAAAGCUGCCGUAUCGAACUUUGCGAUGGCCAGUAUGGAUGCUCUCCAAAACUGGUUCUUCUGGACGUGGAAGAUUGGCGUGUCGACAACGCUCGGCGUGGUGGGCUCACCUCUCUGGUCGUAUCAACUCGGCUUGGAGAACGGGUGGAUGCCCAAGGACCCACGGACGGCAUCUGGCAGAUGCGACGCGAUAGGCGGUGCACCUAACGUACCCUUUGACGGGACAUAUUCGUCAUGGAUGACGGGCGGAGCGGGUGCGGGAACGAUCUCUCCUACCGUUCCAUGGCCGCCAGCGUCAAUAAAUGGCGCUGAUGCGGCUUUAUCAUUGUUGCCUUCAUACACGUCGACCGGUCCUGUGAAUACGCUUUCUCCUCCCACGUUGACAGCCAAGGCGACGAAGAGUGCUGAUGUUGGGAAUGGUUGGUAUGAUGCGCAGGAUACAGGGGCGGCCCCGACGGCGAUUGCGGGAUGCACGUACCCGAAUGCCUGGGACGCUAAUAAUGUGGCCGUCCCUGCCGUUUGUGGGGGUGGUGGUGCUGCGGCGGCGCCAGCACCUGCUGUCGCUGCCAGUACUGCUACCAGGACAACCUCAGCUGCUGCCGCUGCCGCUGAUGUUGCCCAAGAGACGGAAGUUGCUAGACGCGGUAUAGGUUACGAAUCGUAAAGUUUUUUUUUGGACACAAUUAUCAGAGAACUGUUCUCUCACUUUCGUUCUUUAUGGAAUGGAGUUGGGAUAUUACUUUCCUUAUACGCACGGACUAGGUAUUAGUUUGUUGCUUCAGUUAUACUUAUUCAACGUUUGUAUGUAUCAUAUGAGUCGGUUUCGUACAUUGCAUUAUUCUUGUUUAUCAUACCUUAAAAUAAUGCAAUGUUCUCGAUUAGCGACCUUGUCGUCAAUCAC